AUUUAAUUGAUUAGAAAUGGCCACUGCGAGAAAAGGAGGCAUGGAUUUGCUCUCUGAGUUAACCAGCAAUAUCAAAAGGGAUAGGGCUGGAGGUAGUAAAGCAACUGCUCAGAAAAUCACCAAGAUUUUUGCAGAUGUGAUCGCAUCAGACAUGUGGCUUAACGCCACAGAGCUAAUGAAGCUUAUCAAGCAAAUGGGAGCCAAGCUGAUCGCAGCAGAUCCAAUGGCUUUUUACAUUGGAAACAUUGUGAAAAGAAUAGCCCAUAUUAUAAGAAUGCAGUCAAACAACUGCAACGUCCCUCUAUAUGAAGAGAAACCGAAAGAGAAUGAAGAGAACUUAGAUAAUCCAUUGAUGGAGAUGGAUUCCCUAAAUUUCCUCAUCGGUGAGGAAAACAAAUUGGAUGAGAUUCCUCUAGUCAAGACUGCUUCAAGUAUGAACGAUACUAGAGCCAAAGAUCCAGCUUAUAGAGACUUUAAGAGUAAUUUAGAAGAAAGUCUUUUGGAGAUACAGACUGAUAUUGAGGAAGCUUAUGGAGCAAUUUCAUUCCACUGUAGAGAACAAUUUCAAGACAAUGAUACAGUACUCACAAUCGGGUACUCUUCCACUGUUUUAGAACUGUUUAAAGAUGCAAAGGAGAAGAGUGAUUUUACUGUGGUUGUGGCUGAAAAUUCACCUGAAAACUCAGGAAAAACUAUGCAGAAGAGAUUGAGUAGUUUAGGAAUUAAAACAAUUCUAUUGGCUGAUACUUCAAUUUUCUCUUACAUGUCAAAGAUCAACAAAGUUAUUAUCUCUACAAGAGCUAUUAUGGCUGAUGGUGGAUUAAUCACUGAUGCAGGAGUCGAACUAGCAGUAUUAGCUGCUGAUUAUCACACAGUCCCUGUAAUUGUGGUCAGUGCUCUCUACAAGCUAACUCCUCUGUACCCAUUCGACAAUACGACUUACAAUAAAAUAGUCAGUCCCAAAACUGUCCUGAAUUCAAAGGAGUGUAAAUUUGGAGAGAAAGUUGACGUGAUAGUAGCUAAAUACGACUACAUUGAGCCGGAAUAUAUAUCACUGUACAUCACUAAUGUAGGAUGUCACACCCCUCAUUACAUUUACAGAGAGUUUGCUGAGUAUUAUUCCAAAGAGGAAUUACAUAAGGUUUAA